AUGGCAUAUGACGGCGGUGGAUGCAAGAACAAAAUCACUACCUUUAUGCUGUUAUCUUUGUUUCUAGCCGCCAUGGCGGUGGCGGCCGACAAUGUCAAUGACAAUGCUAGUGGUGGCGGCACGGCGGGGGAUGUGAUGUCCACCGCAGCGGUUAAGUCUCUGUGUCAACCGACAUCUUAUCGUGAAACCUGUGAGAAAGUUCUGGUGAAUGCAACUCGCGACUCAAAAGACCCACGAGACUUGAUCAAGGCAGGAUUCCAUUAUGCCGUUGAUCAACUCAAAUUGGCCAUUGCAGAUUCCCCCACUUUGAAAGAAUCAGCUACUGACCCAAUGGCUAAGCAAGCGGUUGAUGCGUGCGAAGAGCUCAUAGAUCAUGCGGUUGACGAUCUUUUAACGUCAUUUGAUAAAGUCACCGAUAGUUUUACUGUGAAUAGAAUCGAUAAUUAUAUUGAAACUCUUAGGCUUUGGUUGAGUGGCGCAUUAACGUAUCAAGAAACUUGUUUGGAUGGCUUCAAGAAUGUCCCUGGUGAUACCGGGGAAAAGAUGACCAAUUUGUUGAAGACGUCUAGAGAAAUGACCAUCAAUGGGUUGUCGAUGGUGGGUGAGGUUACAGCCAUUGUGACCUCUUUGUGGCGUGCAUUGGGGCUUCAAUCAUUUGGGAGACAACUCCGAGUAGACGAGUACGAUGAGGAAGAGUCAUCAUGGGUCAAUGAUAGGCGAGGCCUACUCCAAACCACUGGCGCUAACGUUAAUGCCGAUGUGGUAGUGGCUAAAGAUGGAAGUGGAAAGUAUACGACAAUCAAUGAAGCUCUUCAAGCGGUCCCGAAGUUUAGCAAUAAAACCUUUAUUAUUUAUGUUAAGGAAGGAGUUUAUGAAGAGCAAGUAUUGGUUGACAAAUCCAUGACCUAUGUCAUGAUGAUUGGAGAUGGCAUGGAUAAGACCAAGAUCACUGGUAGCAAGAAUUUCAAGGAUGGAACAAACACAUUCAAAACUGCUACAGUUGCGGUGGAUGGGGUCAACUUCAUUGGAAAAGACUUAUGGUUCGAGAAUUCGGCUGGGGCUGAAAAACAUCAGGCCGUGGCACUUCGAGUUCAAUCCGACAUGUCCAUCUUCUAUAAUUGUAGAAUGGAUGGCUAUCAAGAUACUCUCUACGCUCACACCCAUCGUCAAUUCUACCGAGAUUGCAUCAUCACUGGCACCAUCGACUUUAUCUUUGGCAACGCUGCUGUCGUGUUCCAGAAUUGUAAGAUCAUUGUGAGGAAGCCAUUAGAGAAUCAACAAUGCAUUGUCACUGCCCAAGGCCGAACCGAGAGGAAAGAACCCACCGGUAUCAUACUCCAAAACUGCGUCAUCUCUUCCGACCCUGAGUACUUUCCUGUUCGCCAUAUCAGCAAGGCCUACCUCGGCCGCCCAUGGAAGGAAUACUCAAGAACCAUCAUCAUGCAAUGCCAAAUCGACGACUUGAUACAGCCUGAAGGGUGGCUUCCAUGGGAAGCCGAUUUUGGUCUCAAGACUCUGUUUUACUCAGAGUUCGAAAAUAGGGGACCCGGUGCAGCAACGCAGAAUCGAGUUAAGUGGAGGGGAAUUAAACAAAUCUCAGCAAAGCACGCCCUUGACUUCACCCCUGCAUUCUUUAUUCAUGGUAAUAGUUGGAUCAAGCGCACUGGAGUACCAUAUAGUCCUGGCAUGAUGGUAGUGUAA